AUGAUUUAUUCUGUGAGAACACCAGUCACUCCUAACAUUUCAUUGGCGAAGGAGCAGGGUGGUAAGUACAGUGUAUCCAUCCAUAAUUUACAUACUGAAUAAAUUCUUUCGGGGACACAGCAAGCACGAAGCAUUGAGAAAUGCUUGAUUUUCCUAUCCUUCACGCUGGAACAUACCCUAUCUGCAACAAUGGACUGACUGCUAAUACAGGAUUUCAUAAGAAAAUAAUUUAGAACCCACAAGAUUAUUGCCAAGGAUUUUAAAAUAAUAUUUCUCUGCAGGUUUAAACUAGUUGAGGCAGCGCCUAACUGUGAAGAUCUCGGCGACCUCAGUGAGAAUAUUUGGUCGGAACAUCUAUACUCAGCUCGAAACUCAGCUUGGUUGGGGCUUGUCGCAGUAUCUUGUGCGCUCUAAAACCGCCCGGAAAUGGUUAUAGAAAUGCCGGACGCGACUGACCAUGUUUUUCUUCGGGUUCUAGGCCGAAGUGAGAACACGUAUCUCGGGGUUGCCUCCUAGAAUUAUAGUAUAUAAUAGCGAUCAUGUUAGCUAGCUUCAUCUGCCAGGUUGCAUUUUGCUGUUCUGUACAUUUAAAUAAAUAUGUUCGAAAACAGUCCAUAAUAUUUGCUAAAGGUUGUCAGAUAAACAAGAGGAAUAGUCACUAAGAAACGGAGACAGGCUCGAAGUAAGGAGGCAUUGUAAUCUGACAGUUCCUCCGAUGGAGGAACGAGAAACCGUCGGCUGACAUCAUUCCAAGGCACAGCUGUCGGUAUGUCGUGUCAGUGUGAUUAAUUGUGGUGAGAAAUCUUAGUACUGAUUUCGAGCUGGGUCGGUCUCACUCACCCCUACCUCGUCUCUAUGUUUCAGUGACCUGUGUAGGUCUUUCAGACGUCUGGGAAUGAGACUGGGCUUACCUGCUCUCCAAAUUAACGCAUUUCGCUCGGAGACUGUUUGCAGAGCAGGAGGAAUGAACAGGGAGACGCAGUGGCCAGGAAUGACACGAAAGCGGCAUAUGGAGCCUAUUCUGUCUGUCGGUUGCGAAAUCAGGGAUUUUCAAAUUUUAGCGAGGUUGAAAGUUUAAAUUUGUUGCCACUUUUACAGUACCAACCAACAUGGAUGGUCCAAUCAGUGUGACUAUCGUCGUUAAUAAGCCUAUUUCAUCUAAUACGUCACUAACACACAUGGAAUUCCUAGUAGCAGGAAUCAGUUCGGAUGGAGGUGGCUCCACCCUCGGGACAUAGAUAUGAUUCACUAAUUAUGAUCAUAAUCUUCAAAAAUAUCCCACAUAUAGAUAAUUUUUUGUGAUAAUGCUGAAAAAUCAGUGGCUUAGCGAAGUGACUGACUCCACCCAGUUUUCUAUUUCGAAGUUUCACUAAUGGUAAGCUCUGUUAAUAAAGUUUGCCACAAGUGCCGCAAGUUUCAUUAUGUACACUUCCAUUUUUUCGGGAUGAAUGGCGAUAUAACAUAUGUACUCUCUGAAACCCGUUCUUUUCCACUGGCUGUUUCAGAUCUUAACCUCACGAAACCGGAAAGUCGAAUGCACUUGUGGAGUAAGAUGAGGAAGAUAGUGCGUUAUGUUUACCAGUACCGGAACGAUUAUGACUACUUCUACAAAGCUGAUGAUGAUACCUACAUGUUUGUGGAGAACCUAGCAUAUGAAUUGAGCCAACGUAACCCCAACGAACCAUUCAUGAUGGGACGCCGUUUCCCCGCAAGUUUAUCUCUAUCCUCAUUCUUUAUGCAUGCAUUUGUCAUUUAGACGGAUGUCACUCCUGCUUAGACUAUUUAUUGCAGUCUGCAAAAUCUCAUGUACCGUAAUCCACAGUGGGGUGUUUACGAAACUAGAAUUCGGAAUUUAAUUUGAUUGAGGACCAUUACGACGAAGACCAAGAUCGGAACGGCUGCCACUGGUUCAUUUACAAGCCAGUAAACUCAAAACCGCAGGCCAGGAAGGCUCUAGUCAUACACUUGCUGUCUUAGCUCAUUGAGCACAACACUUUGUCGUUUGGUUAGGGGCAUACAACCUGUAGUCUAGCCACCAAAAACUUGAGAGCAAGUGGGGGAUGUUAGUUAUCGAUCUAGCGUGAUUGCUGAACGGAGUAUGGCCUUUAGUCCUGACUUGGAGAUUCUGCUCUCUGCUUCAAAAAUAACCGACCAGGCCUAUGCGUGAUAUGGAAGUGCGAUAGCAGUAUGGACAAACUGGGAUUGAAUCCGUAUUGCUGGUGUUGGUGACGGCUGGCAGGACGUCGGGAGUGUUCUCGCCGAUUGUGGGAGUGGUUGUAGGCGUCACUGGUGUUGAGCGGGGCUUGCGCCAAUGAUGGUGGGCAGCAGUGGCGGUGCCUGGGGUUUAUUCACCGUUUGUGGUGAUCGCUAUCCUAGGCGUCGUUGGAGUUGCUGCAUGCGUGGCAAUGAGGACGUUGUUGGAAGUAGUGUGUGAAGUUGACAUGCGGUUAUUGCAUAGCGUCCGAAGGUGUACUACGGGGAAGAUCCACGUCCAGAAUGUCCGCUGAGAGUGUGGACAUGGAGGGAGGGGGGUUGGUUGCUGGGGUCGUGAGUGCGCAACGCUUUGGAAACGGCGACCCGGUUAGCUUUAAUGGUUGCCGUUCUAGUCUUCACUGCUCUUCUUCAGACCGGUCUGUCCUAGGUGAUGUCUUCAAGGGCCUCCGGGUUGGUUUCCAUUUGCCUGAGGGAGGUCCACACGGUGUCUUUUUAGCGUCGUUUUCGCCCUCCCUGUCGGCAAGCAUCCAUAGCGACGUCUCCGAGAAGAGUCGCUUGGAUAGAAGCUCGUCAUCCAUCCUCGCGAGGCGGGUAUUCCAACAUAGUUUUAGCUGCCUCAGCACAGCAGAAAUGCUAAAGAUCCCUCUGCGCUCCAGGACCUCCACGUCGUUUAUCCUGUCUUUCUACCUCAGCUUUAAUAUUGUCCCGAGACAGCUGAAGGGAAAGUGAUUGCAUUUUUUAGCUUUGUUAGCGUGGGCGGUUCAUGCCUACGUCCUUUUGAGUACCAUCGUCAGGACUAACGCCCUGUAAAUAUUGCGUUUCGUGUUUAGUCGAUGUCCGUGGCCGUUCCAGACUGAGCCCUAUUGCCUUCCGAAUCCCUGAUUGGUUUGGAGAUUCGGAUCGUCAUUCCGUCUUCCAUCUAGAUGCCGUAUAUAAUAGUACUGCCUAGAUAGGCGAAUUUCUCCACGAACGCGAGUUGAAUUUCUCGUACUUUGAUCCUUCAUGUUGUGUGUUCUUUCUCUGGUGGUGGUUGGUACAUGAGCACGCUUUUGUCUAUAUUUAUGGUCAACCUGAAAUUUGCAUGGCCGGAGACUAAGAUAUCUAUGCUGCUCUCCACAACUGUUUCUGUCGUGACACUAAUAAUUUAACCGUCUGCGAAGAGGAGGUCGUGAACAGCGGUUGCUGUUGUUCGCGUGGAUGCUUGACUUUAUCGGAUAUCGGGAACCUAGUCAUCGGUCCCUCAGACGAAGUUGAUCUCAGGACGCUCAUCACGUUGAAAGUCUAUCAGCGUUGUAGAGAGCCUGAGACUGAAGAGGAUGGGGACGAGUGCGUAGUCCUGCUUCACUCCAUCGGUCGUCGCGAAUGCAUCUGUGUUUGUCCCAUUGUCCUGCCGUGGAACUGUCGCUCCGGCCAUCCGAAUCUCGGCAUGAUCCUCCAGAGUCUGUCACGGUUCACGGUAUCCAAAUUGCUUAUUAUAUCCACGAAGGUGGUUCAGAAACUGAUAUGUAGUUCUCGGCACGUUUCCUGCAGUUGUCGGGCUGUGAAGCUCAUUUUGACUGUGCGGCGGUUGGGUCAAAAUUAACCUGUUUCGGAUGACCGAGAGAACGCGGACGCAGAUCUUCCCGAGGAUGUUGAGCGGCGAGAUUCCUCAAUGGCUGUCACAGAUCUAUCGGUUGCGUUUGCGCUUGAAGGUGUGCAUAAAGGUGGCGCUCUUGAGGUCCUGGCGGAUUUGCCAUUCCUGUUAAUCUCCUGGAGAAGCGACGUGAGUUUUUCCGUAAGCCGAGGCCCACCAUGGUUCUAGAUUUCGGCCGGAAUUAAACCAGUCCCAGGUACUUUCCGUUGCGAAGUUAGUGUAUUAACUUCAUAAUUUCUGUGAGUGAAAAGGGAAGGUCCAGGUCAUUGUUCAGUUCCACCUGGGGCGUAUGAUAAUUGCGUCAUCGGUGCUUGUGGAUAGGCAGUUGAGUACGCUUACGGAGUGCCUGGCCGAGCGCGUCAGAAUCUGCGAGUUCUCCCUGAAGAGCGUUGUUUUUUCAGAGACGACAUUGGCGCAGUUCUUGCGGUACGGGGGCCGUAGACCGCAUGAAAAAGUCGAAAACAUUCUUCGUAUGGUUGGGGCCCGCAUGGGCACGGAUUUCAGCCUCGCGAGCCACCCAGGUAGCAACAUCGUGAAGAGGACAAGGCAGUCCUUCUCACAGUCAUUUAAAUUACAGAUCGUCUAUGCCACCUGGACGUCGUGGUGGUCGCGAGUACGGAUGAGAACUUAGUCCAUCAGCUCUCAGGGCCGGAAGGCGGAAAAAGGUGCUGGUUGGAAGGAGGUGACGUUCCGCACGGGUUCGUAUAACGGGAUGCCGUUAUCAUUGUUGCCGCCGAUUCUGUGGAGGGCCAGCUCUCGGUCUCAGGAAGCAUGGUCUGUUCCGACGCGGACACUGAAGUCGACAAAGACAAUCAGCUUACCCCCCUUCGGAACAGUCGCCAGGAGGACGUGAAUUUCUUCGUAGAACUUGUUCACCACCUCGUCGGAUUUAGUCAUUGAGGGAGCGUAAAUGCUAACGAUGUUAGCGAAUUUGGUUUCCCCGAAGGGGCGGGCUUGGGUUUCUGAUGUCCAGCUGAAGACAGGGCAGUCACCUCACGAUAUUAUUUCGAGUGAGGAAAAUGACGCCAGCAUCAUGUUGUUCUACCUUUGGGCGUUCGUCCCAGAAGAACGUGUAGCUGACACUCACCUCUUCCAGCUGCCCCUGUUCACAGAAUCUGGUAUCGCUGAUGGCAGCGAUGUUCAUCUUGUAAUGCACCAAUUCCGGAGCCACCAGCGUUUUUUUCCCUUCCGAACGGUUUGUCAGCGGAUUGUCUAAAAUAUAAGGAACCUUCUAGGCUGCUCUGUUGGACAGAGUCGACGUGACAGCCUGUGGGUGUAGAUGGAUACGGGGGUUCUUGCAUGUUGUAUUCUUUCGACCACAAGUUGCACAUCAACCAUUCACGUUCAGUUUGCAGAUGACGUGAUAUUGCCCAGCAUUUUUUUAAGCCACCCUUUAUAACCACCUGACCGCAAAGGGAGUAAGCAGUGUUACCACUAAAUAGGACUGCAUAAACAUCCAAAUCGACUGCCGAAAUGGAAAAUGGACGAGGACUUUGUUUGGUGAAAAGACAACCCGAGCUAAUCUGGGCCACACAUGGGAUUGCAUGUCGCCCUCUCCGUAUGAGUUUACUAAAGUGGAAGAAAUGGUAGGGUGAGCAGGAUUACUGGGUGUAGUGAACACAGAAUACCGUCAUCUGGUUUAGCCCACUGGUCGAGGCGUUUACCUGAAUGUGUCAGCUAGGCAGAGCCUAGAAUCGGUGUUGUCACGAAUGAGACGUAGAUGGGAGGCAAGGCCCGUGCAAAACAGCCACCACCUGCAAGCGGCACAUGGAGCGACCUACCACCCCAUACACGGCGUACCCAAUAAAUGGACGCAGGACACCCUGUGCUUGAAUAUAGCCCUUAUGCUCACACAGCAGUAGUGUGCAGCGAUCAGUCGUGGACGGGAGACAGAACAUGGGCUGCCAGUAUUACAUUUGAUCUCCAUGCUAGAGACGAUGGUUGCAUUUGGUCGUGAAAUUAUAGGUUACUAUUAUUAAACUUGCACCGGAAAAAAAGCGUAUUUUAAGACGUGAUGCAUUUGUAUUUAGGGUAUCCAGAAAGUAGAUGAGCCACGUCAGCUGUUCGAUAAUAUAGAUUGAAAACAAAACUUGAAUACCAAUCUGCAAACAAGCGUGCACUCUGUGAUCCUCACUAAUCUACGGUAUUAUUGCGAACGACUGAAAACCAUAUUAUCAGCUGUUAAAUCCUAUUUGUCAAAAAUAACUGCCGCAUUUUUCUGUCGCAUUGUGCUCGGAUUUAAACACGUACAUUUGUGCACUGAGAGUUAUUUGAUAAACAUGCGAUCUCACUGAAUUCACCAAAGGAGCCUAUUUUGAGAUAAAUUAUUAUAUUGUAGAGAUUCCAAAAAGACGGAUACUUUUCGGGAGGCGCCGGAUACGUCCUUUCGCGUGGAGCACUGAAGUUACUGGUUGAGAAAGCAAUCGACAAACACCCAACCUGUCCAACCUACGAUGAGGACAAGGAAGAUGUAAAAAUGAGUAAGACCACUACGACCAUUCCAUUAUCUUUUAUAUAUACACCCCUCGACCCCACUUCAGACAAUAGCAUAACCCUAUUUAAAGUUAUUUAUGGAAGUCGUUGAUAUUUGUGGGUGUUGGAAAGGGAGAAUUCGUCCAUCAUCUGUUGCCGUGUUCGACAAGAAGACCUCGAUUGGACACCAUACUGAGUCGAUAAGACUAUCUUCUAUGACCCCGUAAUUGCCAAGCAACGUGCUGAAAACUGCGUGCACACAGACAAUCAUUGUGUGAGAGUUAGAAAUAGCAAAAUACCCUUUGAACUGAGAGCAGAGAAUUUCUCAAAGCAGGCAUAUCUCACUGUUGGCUUUCUGCUACUCUCUUCAAUCGCGAGAUGUUUAAACGGUUUGAUCACUGACUUAACAAUGCUUUCUUGCUGUUGUGAGACGCCCAUAGAUGUUUGGGGAGAAGAAGGUAUCAAAGUGCAAACACCGUGAUCUAUGCCCCUCGCGUACAAUGUCAGUUUAUCCAACUAAGGCUAAAAUGCAGGUCGGCGGCCAUUUCCACAGUACUGGAAGUCUAAUUUUUCUAACAAUCGUCUUCACGGGACGUUCGAAACAUAUCAGACUAGCCAACUUAGUGUGAUCUUGUCAUUUCGAACGUCGAUAUCUGUUCUGAGUGCAUUUGUUUGUGACGCGGCAGACCAGAAUGUCUAAUGUGGAGAGGAAUGGCCGGAUUGCUCGAAAUAUCAUUUGAUACAUUAAUUUCACCUUCUGGGAUUUUUAUGCGUUUAUAUCUGGGGAACUCUCGUUUGUUUAAGACAAAUCUCUAAUUAGUGAUAAGAUGUGCGUAGCGGGGACAUCUACUUCCAGUAGUGGGGAGGCCAUUUUAUUGGUCCCAUGUGCGUGUUUUCUGCAACUGACUUUCGAAUUUAUGAGUGAAUUGAAAAUAUGUAUAGGAAAUACACACUACAUAAGUAGUCAUUUUUACCGACUGCGGUUUUUGCAGGUGGCCGAAAAGACGUGCGUUCAAAAGCCAUCAACCUGACGUGUCUUGUAUAUUACGGGUUUGCAUCGCAUGAUAAUCCACCGUACAGCUUCACCUAACUAAUUGUUCUUAAUAGAAAACGCAUUUCUGAUUUUCCAUUUGUAUUUCGUGAGAUCAGUCAGUGCCUAAAGCUGAGGCGCUUGAGUCUAUCCAAACGGAAUGCAAAGGCUGCCAACGGACAGGACCAUCCUUUUCAUAUGAGAGUAUUUUCCUGUAACUAGAGGGCUGAAAGUCAGGCUACAAUGGCUCCUUCUUGAUGUGGUCAUUAUGACACUACGAUUCAUGUGAAUUCCGAGCCAGUCCCAUGAAAACCUGGCACACUCGUCGAGGGCGAGUUUUCGUGUGGCACCCGUUGACCCGAUGUUCAUCUUUGUUAAACGCUACGCACUUACCCACCUUCGAUCAUCUUCCCAUCGUAGUAAACUGGAUAAGAAAGUAGAGGGAGUGUGCAGCAUUCUGCGCAAGUCUGCCUCACUAUGAAUUAAUGCAUCCGCGCGUCAUCGGUGCAGCGCUUACGACGUGGUGCACGCAUUAGAAGUCAUCGAGUUCGACGGUCAAACUGUCGUGUGUCUGCAGUGGACUGACUCCAUGCCUCGAUCAGAUUCCGCGCCGACUUCUUCCCCUCCGAUGUGUUCUUUUGCUCCAUCUCCAGAAUGCUCUUUCGUCGGCACCAUUAAAUGCAUUCCUCCAGCAUGUUUGUCUACAUGGAAAGUGGCGUCUCUAGAGAGAGUGACCUCCCAUUUCGUGAUGUUCACAAGCACCAAUCAAUCUGGACAUUGGGAAACCGAUGUAGAAAUGAACAAUCGGAUGAUAUCUACGCGCUCUGUGUGUGUGCUGUUCCUGUACCUAUCCAGGGGCAAAAUCGCGAUAACUAAAGAAUAGGGUGCACGGGCAGAAUACGGCCCUUCGGUGGGAAGACCUCUCAUGUCUUACGACUGCUUGCGGUGUAUAGCUAAAUCAUCCUACUCCCCGGCCGAUAAUCGUCGAGCCAAUGAUGAGGCAGCCUAGGAUGUAAUUGAGGUGUGGAAAUUCGGCUACAAAUUGAACAGAAGGUAUAUCGGACGCAUCCCUCCUCCAGCUGGACCCUACCACAUGGAAGGAGGCAAAUCAUUGUCACGAUAAGUGGCUAAUAUCGGGUAAACUCAACCCGUCACAGGGACAUACGUCAGAGCUGGUUGAAGUGUUUGCUGUCUUGUGCCCUCAUUUGUCUGAUGGUGAACCCUACAAUUGGUUCGAAAUCCAAAAAAUAAUAAUACUGUCAUUCCUAUCUUUCACCUUUGAAUAAAAUCAGCUUCCACGAUGCCCAAUAGGCAUAACCACCUAUUAAACUACGUCUGAUGAUUCGACGCUCAGCCGCCAGGAGCACUUUCCAUACUCCACGUUGUCUCCUCUAUACUCUGUAUGAUGCAUUAUUCCAAACUUCUUGUUAUCCCAUAGGCGUCUGUGGUGUCGCGGUUGGUGUAAAGCUCUUCGACGCUUUUGACCAUCUACAGAAAUACAAGUUCAAUUGGGUCAGUCCGGAAUCGACAUUUGAGAAAACUAGGUGGCUCUCAGGAAGUGCAUUUUCGACCAUCACUGAAAAGCAGCGCCUAUGGGUACGUUUUUUUUCACGAAGGUUAUUGUAUGUAGGUAACUGGUCGUGCUUCAGAUACCCGUAGAACUCAUUAAGGAGAUUGUUUGAAAACUCUCAAAUCCUAAGUAUCCGGACAGAAUAAGUCACGGUCUCCCUUAAUGUGAAAUGGUUGUUCACAUCCAUCUAGUUUAGCUCACCGUGUCUCGCAUGAGAACUUGACAGAGAGAUGCGGGUGAACGCAGAGCUCCCUCAAGAUUUCGCUAGCCGAAUUCUUCAUAAAAAUAUAUUUCACGUUUGACAAGGAGAUUUAUGAGAAGGUGAAAGGAACUCUGGGUGGGUCGCGAAACUCUGAGCUUCCACUAAGAGAAACCUUGCAUUUUGUCACGACUAGGUCAACUGUUAUACUAGUAACAUUGUCCAGGUGGAGGGGUUCUGUCUAGCCUGAGGGAAUCGGGCUGUGCAGGUUCGAAUUGCCCAACCGUAGUAUAACACCUCGCAAAAUUCAGAUUUUUUUAUUAUCGCUCGCAGACAGGAAGUAAGUCACAGAUUACUAGAAAUUGUAACGACCUGGGUGACGUCAGUACCCGCCUAUGCACCGUUGUGACCAGAUGCACAACGACCACUUCAGUGGGCGCUAAAAGUCCUUGCGUUUGCAUUUACUAAGGGACAGUCUUCAUUCUCGCAUCAUAGGCUAACAGAUGUGUUUUCUGACCAGUAAGAUGUCUGUGUAACGAGAGCAGUUUGUGAUUUGUGUUCCAUAGUUUACAUGGCCUGCCAGGCCAUACACACGCACGGACAUUAUAAACCCUUUUCUACCCUCCACGCAUAAUUAUGCAUGUUCAUGUGGGGUGACAGUCUUUUCUAUAACCUCCUUAUUUCCUCCUCACAGCGGAUACCGACUUCAAUUCGGACUAUCAGCUUCCAUUACGUACGUCCAGAAACCAUGUAUCUCAUCGAAUUUGCAUCGCGGUUUAUUCAGCUCACCAAACCAGGAUCCCUCGCAAAAAAUACAACUAAAAAUGAGCACGCCCGUCUGUCCUGA